AGCGAAAAGCUAAGCUUUGGUACUCGCUCGGUUUCUUUUGUUGCUCCAUUUUCCGCCAUGGACGCCGGCCGUGUGAGCUUCGGGUUUGUUCUGUGCGUGGCUUUUGCCUUAAGCGGCGUCGUUUUCUCCACCGCCGAGCUUCACCGCCUCCUCCAUCCGCCCAAAGACGACGGCUCUCUCGCCCUUCUCGUCGUCGGAGACUGGGGAAGAAGAGGAGCUUACAACCAAUCUCAAGUCGCAGUUCAGAUGGGGAUCAUUGGAGAAAAAUUGGAGGUCGAUUUUGUAAUUUCCACUGGCGAUAACUUUUACAAGAAUGGACUGAAGGGUACCGAUGAUCCAGCAUUUGAAGAGUCAUUUUCCAAAAUAUACACUGCACCAAGCUUGCAAAAGGAGUGGUACACAGUUUUGGGCAACCAUGAUUAUAGAGGAGACGUUGAAGCUCAAUUGAGUCCAAUUAUAAGAAAACUGGACAAUAGAUGGAUUUGCUUGAGAUCUUUUAUUGUCGAUACAGAAAUUGUGGAGUUCUUCUUUGUGGACACAACCCCCUUGGUGAACAAGUAUUUUAUACACCCUGAGGACGCAGUCUAUGAUUGGAAGGGUAUUUUGCCUAGGCAAAAUUACCUUUCUAGCCUUCUCAAGGAUGUGGAUUCAGCACUAAAGGAUUCAAAUGCAAAAUGGAAGAUUGUUGUGGGACAUCACACAAUCAAAAGUGCUGGACAACAUGGUGAUACUCAAGAGCUACUCCACCAACUUCUUCCCAUUCUUGAGGAAAAUAAAGUGGAUUUCUAUAUUAAUGGGCAUGACCACUGCUUGCAACACAUAAGCAGCAUUAACAGCCCACUGCAAUUUUUCACAAGUGGGGGAGGAUCAAAGGCAUGGAGAGAUGACAUAAAUUGGAUGGAUCCAAAGGAGCUGAAGUUCUACUAUGACGGGCAAGGGUUUAUGUCACUGGAAAUCACUGAAUCACAAGCAAAAUUUGUCUUCUUUGACGUCUUUGGCAAUGUCUUGCACCAGUGGACCUCUUCCAACCAACUUCUUCACUCUUCCAUUUGAACACAACAUAUUCUUAAUUCUCUCCCCCAAUUAUUAGUAUAUAUAUGUGUUACCCUAUCCAUGUAUUUAUGACCUUUUUAUAAUGGGUAUAUGCAAUUUAAAUUUUAUGUUUAUUCUUUUUA